AUGCAGCGGAACGGGGAUAUCAGGGGUUUCUUUGCAAAGAAGCCCACUCCAGCAGGUUCAAACCCACCGUCGUCGUGGUCUCAACCAUUAGGGGUGGACCUGCCUUCGUCCCCUAUCACGCCACAGAAAGCUGCAGUUAGAGCACCAUUGAGCCGGGAUGACGAGAUCAAAGGCUCAGAUGAAGACGACUCUGAUGACUCCCUAGGGUCUCUUACGGACUUUUUCGGCCGAAAAGGAGGGCCGUCGUCGGCCUUCCAGAGGAAACCCAAUGCCGCAAGCACAACACCCAAGGCUAAGAGGACAGCUUCGGGCCCUGGCUUCCACUCACCUUUGACACUGCAAAACAAGCCGCAGAGGCACAAAUUCGAUCUGAAGGCUCUGGUCAAUCAUGCCCGGCAGGACAACGCUACAGAUGAAAGCGCCCGAAGAGCAGGGGAGCUCCUUCGAGAAGCAGCUGCUGAUGUCGUCGAGAAGUAUGACGAUUCGGGGAGCGACCAGGAUCCGGAGAUAAUGCGAGACACUGCGAGGAAACUGUUCGAUGAUGGCGAAAAGGAUUCCAAAGGCGACAAAUUCGUCAGGGCCAUGAACCGGACGCAGGGAGACGAUACCCGCAGUUGGUACUACUUCUUCGACCCAGCUGGACCUCCGCGUGAUGUCAGUAGAUCGCCGUUCCCUAAGAAGGCGGCAAAAGGACAAUGGGGGUUCCUUAGCCCAGCCGAUGGAAGAGAUCUCGCCUUCGUCCGUGGUAUUCCUAUAGCCAUAGCGAUCAAAGGCAAGGAGUUGCCCGACGAGUUAUUCGAGUGGAUCUUGUCCGAGAUAUGCGUAGAGAAGAAUCUGCAGUUGCGGGGACAGUACAUGAACCUGGUUUCUCGCUGCUUUGAUGACACCCGUCGUUUGGUCGACGACAGACAGCUUUAUAGCAUGCUGGAGAAGAUAGGAGGUCCGAAGCACUCUCUUAAACACGGCAAAUUUGAGCUGUCACCAGGAUUCGCACAAGCCCAUCUCGGCAGAGACUGGUCACCCCUGGUAUCGUUCUUGCAAAUACUGGCUGAAAUGGCACCGAAUAUGAGUCCGAGCAAUGUGAUAGCCGCAGUGCAAAUGUUAUUACGGAUGAGUCUUGACCCCGUUGUCAGCUGUAUAGUGCAAGUAAGGAGCGAGUAUGACGCCGCGAUGACUGCCUUGGCCUCAGCUCUCCCGAAGGUGGAGGAGCAAUGGAAUGCUUGCUGCAAUCAAAUCUGCUCAUAUUUGCAUGAGGGAGUAGAGACAGCGUCGCAGAGAAGUGUUGCGGUGAGACUCAUGCCACUCUCCCGACCUCGCGUCUGCGAUCUCCGCAGACGCCUCGCCGCCAUGGCCCUCUUCGGCAACCCCGAUCUGGGCCGCAAGCAUCCAGAUCAAACCCUCACGUUCCACGAUAUCUUCACACGCAUAGACGAGGAUGAUUUCAAUGUCACCCACUCGACCGACUUUGCCGAGUUGAACGCCCUCAUCGCUCUCCUCGACAUCGUCGUUGACGACGGAGAGCACCUCCGCGCAAAGGUGGGCCCAAGUUUCAGUUCCAACCCCGCGGACCCUGAUGCGGAGGCCACCAAGUUCGACGCCGAGGUCGACCAUUUGGCGUUCAAGCUCAAGGCCAUUCACGACAAGCUCAACGACAACAGCCAAAUCUCUAGGAAGGAGGCCAAGUUGGCUCUCGACAGCAUCGGCAAGCGACUGACAUACGAGGUGCGCUCGCGGCCGCCGCCCAAGACGAGCAUCUUUGACGCUGAGCCUGAGGAGGAUGCGUCGUUGCCUAAGCAAAGAGAUUUCAUGAAGAAGUGGGCGCAGAGAAAGACGGAUGCGAAGGCGGGGAAGGAGAACACACCGGCGGGGGCAAAUGACUAA